UCUGCUAGUUGUCUUCGUUAAUCUCUUGCCCAGUUUUUCCCCUCUGGUUGGUUCCUUCCUUCCUUCGUCCAAGAAAGCGCGAGAAAAUUUCUCCCUUGUUUUUCUUGGUUAUAACCCUCCAUCCGUUCGAUUAGCAGUCCUCUGCUUUCACGGAGGCACCUGUUUUCUCUUUCCGAGAACGUUUCUAGGGCUUACGCCGAUCAGAGUCAUCGUUUAUUCGUUUCCGUCUCGGUGGAUACUAGCAACAGCUGUUUUCUGGAUUUUUAGUUGGGUUUAACUAUUGGUUUUUUCGAGUUUUCUCGGGAAAAUGUUCUUUACCGGCGAUCCGACGACUCGGAAGCGAGUCGAUUUGGGUGGCCGAAGCACGAAGGAGAGAGAUGCGCAGAAACUUCUCGAACAGACCAGAAAGGAGCGGAAUCGUCGACUUAUGCAGAGGCAGCAGAACUCAGCGGCCCUCAAAAUUCAGAAAUUCUUUAGAGGCAGAAAAUCAAUGGCCACUGAGCGCUCCAAGGUGCGGCAAGAUUUCUGCAAAACCUAUGGGAAUAAAUGCCAGAAUGUAGAUAGACAUUGCUUUGAGCCAGGUUCAGGUUUCCUCCAGCAGUUGCUGUUUUUUUUCAAGGCACAGAAUAUGGGUGAUGUUAUGCUUCUCGUGGAGACAUGUCGUCUACUGCAGAAUUUUGUUCAUAGCAGCGGCGAUAUUGUCAGCCUCUUUUCUGGCACGGUCUAUUCAUCUGAGCAUAGUUUGGUGGAUGUUAGGGUGAAGAAACUUGUACUUGCCUGCAUCGAGGCUGUACAUCACAAUAGGAACCAUUUAAAGGACCAACUCUUAGUGACUUCUCAAGAAGCUAACGUUUCAACAACUCUCCUACUAGAGGCAGUGGUGUUGUUGCUAGAUCCUAAGCUCCCUUGGGUGUGCAAAAUAGUCAGUUUUCUCCUGCAAAGAAAUGUAUUCACUUUGUUUCGAGAAAUUGUCACUACAGCAAAGGAAAGCCCAAAGGCUCAGUGUUUGACAGGGAAUACCCUCUCACUAGAGAGAGUACUUAUGCUAAUUGUACCACAUGUCGGUCAUGAGCUGUGUCACUGCCCUGUUGUUGACCCUCUGUGGAGUUUCUCAUCACAAAUCCUUACCAUACCUUUCUUAUGGCAGCUCUUCCCGAACUUAAAAACGGUUUUCGCCAAUCCAACUCUAAGUCAACACUACAUUCAUCAAAUGGCUUUCUGUGUGCAAAAUCUUGCUAAUGUCCUUCCUGCGGAUAUGAGCUCUGAGUUCGCCAGCUAUGCUUGUUUGCUUGGUAAUACAUUGGAAACUGCAAGUGUUGCGUUGUCGCAGCCUAACUGCUCAUUUGAAAUGGCACUUGGUAUUGCAUCUGUUGCAACAUUCUUAUUGGAGACACUUCCUCCUGUAAAAUCGUCAGAAAGAGAAAAUGAACAGAGCUCUUUGGAUGAAGACGAUAUGAUUAUUGACGAGGCACCGGGAUUAGUCUUAAAUAGGGCUCUUGAGCAGCAGAUAACCAAUGCUAUGGAUACACGGUUUCUUCUGCAGUUAACAAAUGUUUUGUUCCAUCAAGUAUCCCUCGGUAGCCAGUCAUAUGACGAAGAAAAAGAGGCAGUAGCUAUUGGCGCUGCUUGUUAUUUUCUAUAUGCGACAUUUAAUACUCUCCCUCUUGAGCGAAUCAUGACAAUUUUGGCAUAUAGAACUGAACUUGUGACUGUUCUGUGGAAUUAUAUGAAGAGAUGCCAUGAGAAUCAGAAGUGGUCAUCCAUGUCUAAGCUCCUACCUUACCUUCCAGGAGAUGCUCCGGGUUGGCUGUUACCACUGGUUGUUUUCUGUCCUGUUUAUAAGCAUAUGCUUAUGAUUGUCGAUAAUGAGGAAUUUUAUGAGCGAGAAAAGCCAUUGUCACUACAGGAUAUUAGGUUGCUUAUCAUUAUUCUUAAGCAGGCUCUAUGGCAGCUGUUGUGGGUGAACCCCCUAACACCCAGCACUGGAAAAUCUAUAUCUAAUGAAACGUCUAAGGAGAACCCUGUUGAAUUGAUUCAGAAUAGGGUUGGGAUUGUUGUCUCUGAGCUACUCUCACAGUUGCAAGACUGGAACAAUAGGCGACAGUUCACUUCCUCGGCCGACUUCCAAGCUGAUGCUGUCAACGACUACUUCAUUUCGCAGGCUGUAAUACACAGUACAAGAGCCAACUACAUACUAAAGCAAGCUCCUUUCCUGAUACCAUUUACAAGCCGAGUCAAAAUAUUCACAACGCAAUUAGCAGCGGCAAGGCAAAGUCAGGGAUCUCACGGCAUUUUUUCUCGAAAUCGGUUUAGAAUACGAAGAGAUCAUAUUUUGGAAGAUGCUUACAAUCAAAUGAGUGCAUUGUCAGAGGAUGAUCUUCGAGGAUCGAUUCGUGUAACAUUUGUCAAUGAACUCGGAGUUGAGGAGGCUGGUAUCGAUGGUGGUGGGAUUUUCAAAGACUUCAUGGAAAACAUUGCCCGAGCUGCCUUCGAUGUGCAAUAUGGUUUGUUUAAGGAGACUUCGGAUCACAUGCUUUAUCCUAAUCCUGGAUCGGGAAUGAUACAUGAACAGCAUCUCCAGUUCUUCCAUUUUCUGGGCAGUCUUCUUGCAAAAGCUAUGUUUGAAGGGAUUCUGGUGGAUAUACCGUUUGCAACAUUUUUCCUCAGCAAAUUAAAACAAAAGUAUAACUAUUUGAACGAUUUGCCUUCUCUGGACCCUGAGUUGUAUCGCCACCUUAUUUUUCUCAAGCAUUAUAAGGGGGAUAUCUCAGAGUUGGAGCUUUACUUUGUUAUUGUGAAUAAUGAGUAUGGAGAGAAGACUGAGGAAGAGCUACUUCCUGGUGGAAAAGACUUGAGAGUCACGAAUGAGAACGUAAUAACAUUCAUCCACCUCGUAUCCAAUCAUCGGUUGAAUUUCCAGAUACGGCAACAAAGUUCUCAUUUCUUGAGGGGGUUUCAGCAACUUAUUCAGAAAGAAUGGAUUGACAUGUUCAACGAACAUGAGCUUCAGGUUCUGAUAUCAGGUUCACUUGAUAGUUUGGAUAUCGAAGACUUGAGAAACAACGCCAACUAUGCCGGAGGCUAUCAUUCUGGACACUACGUGGUUGACAUGUUCUGGGAAGUCUUGAAAAGCUUCUCAACAGAAAAUCAAAAGAAAUUUUUGAAGUUUGUGACGGGUUGUUCCAGAGGACCGCUGCUGGGAUUCAAAUACUUGGAGCCCCUCUUCUGCAUUCAGAGGGCUGGGGGGAGUGCAACUGAUGAAGCUGUGGACAGACUACCGACAUCAGCCACUUGUAUGAACCUUCUUAAGCUUCCCCCCUACAGAAGCAAAGAACAACUGGAGACCAAAGUGCUCUAUGCCAUAAAUGCUGAAGCUGGCUUUGAUCUUAGCUGAUCCGAUCUUCCAAACCAAUCUUUUGGGUCGGGAAUGCGGUUAUUACAACUCUUUUUUCUUUGUUAAAAGUUUCUGUAAGAUGAAUGAAUGCAUAUGCAUGUCCUCUGAAAUCGCAGAAAAAUGUUGAAUA